AGGAGACUACCUACGAUGCUGCAGGUUCUGUUACCCGCUGUGUGUGUUCGUCGUUCUUGCUGCCUGUGUGGUAGCCUGCGUGGGCUUAGUCUGGAUGCAGGUGGCCCUCAAGGAGGACCUGGAUGCCAUAAAGGAGAAGUUUCGAACUAUGGAAUCUAAUCAAAAGACAUCUUUCCAAGAAAUUCCUAAGCUGAAUGAAGAUUUGGUGCAGAAGCAAAAGCAACUAGAACAAAUUGAGACUGGAGAACUGGGGCUAAAUAAAAUCUGGAUAAAUAUCACAGAGAUCAAUAAACAGGUGUCACUAUUGACCUCAACAGUAAAUCAUCUCAAAACCAACAUAAAGUCUGCUUCUGAUCUGAUUUCUCUUCCUCUCACUGUAGAGAAACUUCAGAAGACUGUAGCGAACAUCGGCAGCACGCUUACCAGUGUUUCUCAUGACGUUGAAAAUAUACAGACAGCUAUUGAAGAAUACAAGAAAUCCAUAGAAACACUCCGGAAUGAUGUGAAGGAAUUAAAACAGGUACCUUCACUUCCCUCCACUGCUGUGCCAAGGACGGAGGGAAAUCAGACAGAAAAUUGGAAAAAGGAAAGCCAGUCACUGAGAGCAGCGUUGCAGGAGCUCAAUAAUACUGUGGUGAAGUACCAAAAAUUGAAUGACAUCAAGCUCCUAAAUAUGGACUUGGACAUUGGUAACCUUAGCCGUCGGGUUGUGCUGUUGGAAAACUCUCCCCUUGGCGUGAAUAAUCUGGACAAAAGAGAGAAUUUGUCUACCAGUUUGGGGAAUGAUGCAACUACCUCUCUAAAAGUGGAAAAUGAAGACCAGGUAGAUAAUGAAACUCUUUCAGAGAAAGAACUGAAGGAAACAGAAGCUAGAGACCCUCAGGUACUAAAACUAAGAGAGAAGCUGCAGCUGAUCAGCGCUCUCACAAGCAAGCCAGAAAAUGACAGACCCCUUGAGACAUCAAAGAAUGUUGAAAGUAGUGCGACUACUACAGCAAAGCCCACAGACCUUCCAAGGCUGGCUUCAAGGUCAGCUGAUGACAACACGGAGAGUAACAGACAGCUGAGGCAUCUGUCCUUACCAGGAAUUUCCAGCUUCAGUGAUCUUCAGAAUUUGUUUCAAAAGGCAACUGGAGGUUAUGAUGGAAAACUAUCAUAUGAAGAUCUUCAGAAGCUGUUUGGCUCUACAGCCCCAGAGUCACAGAGCUUUAAGAAAUUUGACACAGAUGGAGAUGAACAAUACUCAUUACAAGAGCUGAGAUUAGCGUUAGAUGUCUAG